AAUGGAUUGGACUGGAUUACUUGCUUGGUCAAUAAAUUAAAAAAAUGGAGAGAAAUUUGAUACUUCAAUAAAACCAAUGGAUGAAGAGACUAAAAAAUGGUUAACUGAAGCAUUAUAAAGUUAUUCUGUUGAUGAAUUUUAAAUGAUAAAAGACUUGUUAGAUAAAAUAGCUAAACCAGAAUAAGAGAAUGAAGAAGAAUAACGUUUAGAAUGGUUUGAAUAAUUAAUGGAAUUAUUAGAUGCUUUAGAUAGGGCUAAUGAUUUUUGUAAAAUUGGUGGGUUGAAUCUAAUGUUCAAUUAUUAUUAAACUACUAAAUUUGAUUCUAUAAAAUUGUAAGCACUAAAAAUAAUUGCAAAUUGUAAUCAAAAUAAUGCCUUUGUUUAAGAAUAUUGUGGAGAAAAUGAUUAUCUUAAAAUUGUAAAUGAAAUAGAGAAAAUUAAUAAUUUAAAAUUAAAAGAACAACUUAUAAGUGCACUUUCUAGUAUGAUAAGAGGAGAAUGCUUAAAUAAUAAAAGAAAGUUUAUAGAUAUGAAUGGAAUACAACUGUUAUUAAAUCAUUUAGACUCAAAUAGAUGUAUUGAGAAGAUUGCAAAUUUAUUUAGAGAUCUAUUAUAUUAUGAUGAUUAAUUACAUAAAACUUAUCAUGAUUUAUCAAAAUUUUCAAAUACAGCAGGAUAAACAAUAAAAUAGCAAGAUAAAAAGAAUUAUAAUCUAACAACAGAUAUAAAUGAAGAAUUACUUAAAUCUAAUGAAUUACCUUAAAAUCUUAAGUAUAAAGGAAGUGUCAAAAAAAUAUUGAUAGAUUUGAAAUUCCUUAGUUAUGCAAAUAAAUUCAUAUUUGAUACUUCUAUUAAAAAUUCUGAUCUUAGAAUAUAAUAUUUAUCAUGUUCAGAAAUAUUGUUAAAAAUUAAAAAUGAUUAGGAAUUUAAAUAAAUUAUAUAAACUCAUUUAGAACAUCUUUUAAAGGAACAAGAUUAAGAUGAAGGAGAAAUAAAUUUAUGUAAAUAAAUAUUGUGAUUUUAUUAUUAAUUUUUGUAAAUAUAUAUAUGAAAACGAUUUAGUCUUUGUCACAAAUAAUGAUAUUUGCAAAAGAAUUAGAAAAAACUUCUAUUCUUUACUCUGUCUGUUUUGGUUUGAAGAUUAGUUUAAUGAGUGAUACAUAUUUGGAAUUACAGGAUUCAAGGAAAUUUAAAAUUUGUUUUUAUCGAGUCAAUAAGUUUAAUUUUGAAUAAUUAUUAGUUUUGCCUAACAAACUAAAGGAUAUAGUCCAAUAUUAUCUUUUAAGGUAUCUGAGUUUGAUGAAACUCUAAAAAAAUUAAUUCAUUAUGGAGCUCAAUAAGAACAGAAUAUAUUAGAAUAAAAUAAUUAAAAAGUAAUUAUUAAUAAAAUUAAUUGAUAGCUUUUUUGUAAGGAAUAAAUGGUGAAAUGAU